GAUUAUGAACCUGACUACAAAGUGAGUUUGGACGUUGCAAGUACCAUACUGAUUAAGGAUCCCGAAAUUGACGGUUGCAAACCACCAGAUCGCAGUCGAUGCCGCCGGAUUUACGAUGUUGCGAAUGUGCUAAUUUCACUAGGACUGAUCGAACGUAGAAUGUUUACCUUUGGAACAAAGAAAAUUCCACUCUUCGUCUACUGUGGUCCCAAGAUUACUGAAAAUGGUAAAUUCGACUUCUUCCAUCACAUUCGCUUCAAUAAAUUGUCUGCAAAAUUGAAAAAUUCAGAAGAGAAGAAAGCAUAUGAGGUGGAAGAAGAAAAUUUGGAAACUUUUUUCCUCAAGAAAAAUAAGCGAAAGCAAGGAACUGCUGAAUCGUCCAGUAGCGUUGGUGAGCCGGUAGAGAAGCAAUCCCGAAUUGAAGGAACAAAUCUUCCGAUUCAGGACAAUUCAGAUGUCGAGAAGGAAAAUGUUCCAGUUACUGUAACAAAUCAUUCCAUCAUUCCAUCAUCACAGAACUAUGCUUCCAUGCCAAUUAUACGACCUCAACCACAGAAAGCUGCUGAUUUAACAUCAGUUCUUGCUUCUCAGACUUUCUUACCUUUCAAUGAUUUGCAAUCAGCUGUUCAACAGUCGAGACUUACCCAAUUCAUGCCAUUACCAAUUCGCUCACAAGAAUUUUUACCAUUUGAUCCAAAUAUGAUCCUUCUGAACAACCGAAACAUCCUUCAAACUUCAUCACAGAUUCCCAUACAACAAAAUAACUUUAAUUACCUACCUGUUGCUUAUCCCUUAUCACCAAUGGGUUUUCUCCAACAAUCAUAUGGUCCAGCAAUUAAUAAUGGAAAUAUAAAUUAUCCGGCUUAUAAUAAUAUCAACAGCAAUUUUAUUCAUCCGGCGAAUACUCUGAGAUCUUCAGUAUUUAAUAUCGAUUCAAUAUUGGGUAAUCGAGAAACUCGUCAAAGUAACCAAGCACUUGAUGAAAUAAAACUUGCUACUUCAAUGAUCCAGCAUUCUAAUUUGUCAAGAGAUCAAAAUGCACCACUUCAGCAACCUUCGUAA